AUGACUAACAAUGUGUUUCUAUUGGAAAAUUUACCUAAUGAAAUAAUCAUUGAAUUAUUUAAAUAUCUUAAAGCUCGAGAUCUUUUUCAAGCUUUUUAUAAUUUAAACUCUCGUUUUAAUUAUUUAAUUCAACCUCUCACUCAUCUUACUUAUUCAACAAAUAAAAAUGAUAAUUGUACUCUUUCAUAUCCAUAUAUUUAUACAUUAAUUAUUAAUACUAAAAUCGAAAAUAAAUUAAAAUGUUUUCCUAAUUUACAUCGUAUUAUUCUGGAUUAUGUAACAGAUGAUUUAAUAUCACAAUUGAAUAAUCACAUUUUACCUAAUUUAGAAUAUCUUUCAAUUUCACAUACAGUUAGUCCAUUUUAUAUGCCUGAUUUACGUGCAAUAAUUUUUUCAAAUACAUUCCCUAAUUUAAAAUAUUGUUAUAUAUCACGAAUGACACCACCAUAUACAAGUCGUGAAUGGACACAAUCAUUAUCAUUACGUUUUUUAAAAGUAAACGAUAUUGAUUCAUCUAUAUAUAUAUCUAUUCUUUUGGCGUGUCCAAAUUUAUAUUUUCUAAAAUUUAAAUUACCCAUAAAAUCAAAAAUACAAUCAAAUAUUGUAUUACAUACUAGUCUUAAAAGAUUAAUAAUCAAUAUGCAUUAUGAUGAGUGGCCUUGGGAUGAUAGUAUAUUAGAAGAUUAUCUAUUAUGUGUACCUAAUCUCGAACAGUUUAGAAUAUGUCGAUCGAUAUCAAUAGAUUUGAAUGCAAUGGAUUAUUUUCAAUAUUAUGAUUGGCUUUCAAAAAUAAUUUCGAGACAUUUAUUAGUACUUGAUCGAUUUACGUUUGAUUUACGUGUUAAACGACCGAGUGGAUUAAUCGAGUCGAUAUCAAAGUCGACUGACAGUAUUUUGAAAACAUUUAUAUAUUAA